GAUCGUGUUAACGCCAUGUUAAUUAGUUUACGCUAGCUUCACAAGCGACGGAAUAACUGCCAACCGCUAGCGUUAAAUGUCUCCCGUGGGUGAUAUUUGCUUCAUAUUUUAUUCAAGAAGUGAGACAAAUACAAAAUCAAGUGCGGUGCGAAAUGAAAACCGUCGACAAAAAUGUGCUGCGAGUAGUUGUGUUGAGGCGCCUGCGUUCAGUAUACGGAAUUCACGUCAAGAAGAAGAGACUUUCUGAAAGGUUUGAAAGCAGGAAAACAUGGGAGACAUCAGCGUCUCCACGGGUCAAGGUGUUUGGUGUGCCUCUGCAUCACUUGCGUAUGAGGAACAUACCUGGUUAUGGUUUGGUACCAUGUUUCUUAGUAGAUUCUUGUAAGCAUCUGUUGAAUCAUGCUGGCUCUGAGGGCCUGUUCAGAAAAUCCGGCUCUGUUGUGCGUCUGAAGGCCUUAAGAGCAAGGCUUGACAAAGGAGAAGACUGUUUAUCCACCGCGCUGCCAUGUGAUUUGGCCAGUUUGGUGAAGCAGUUCUUCUACGAGCUUCCGUGUCCGGCUCUUCCUGCAGCUUUGCUCCAGGCCUUCACGAGUGCUCAGCGGCUGCCCACUGAAGAAGAGCGGAGCUCAGCCACUCAACUUGUGUCCUGCCUUCUGCCUGAGAUUAACUCAUCUACUCUCCGCUUUUUCUUUAUUUUCCUUAAGAACGUCUCUCUCAGGGCUUCUGUGAAUAAAAUGGACAGCUACAACCUGUCAGUGGUCCUUGCUCCAAACCUCUUUCGCUUGCACAGUACUCCUGAGUGGAAUGAUGCGUGCCACAGACUUUAUAUUGCUGUUAUUUGCACACUCAUAGAAAAUGCUCACACUUUUGGUGUGGUUCCUGACACUAUUGCUAGGAAUGAACUUGCUUUAGUGGAUUUCCAUCCACCAUAUGAUACGGACCCUCACUUUGGGUGGAAGAGCAAAGGAAGAAGACCUUCAGAAGUUCUGUCAUUAAGCGCAGCUGGGACUCCAAACCCAAAGGGGAGGAUUCUGUCCGAUGGUGCUGGUGAUGAAUUUUCCUGCAGGAAACAGAAGUUUUUCAGAAGAAAUUUAGGAAUAGUGCCAAGUGUUUUGUUUGGCUGUUGUUACAAUUCUUCCUCAAAGGAACAAGAUUCAAGUCCUCCUGCUGCUUUGAACAGGCAAUUUAACAAAUCUGCCCAAAGAGGAACCUGUAGAAGGGUGUGUAAAAAUAUGAAAAGAGAUAUAUCCAACACUUUUGGUUGUGUUGCAUCAAGUCCAAGAGAAAAGACCCUUCCAGAGUCACCUGUGGCUUCAUGCUGGCUCCAGCCCUACCAGGACACACCUGUUGGCCUUUGUCUGAAGAAGCAAUAUUCUCAACUAGAAUCUGUCUCUAACAAACCACGAGCCAUCAGAAGUGUCUUCAAGACACUUUUCUGCACUCCGGCCACAGACAGUCCAGAAAACCAGCAGUUCCUUACUCAGGAUGAGCUCUCUCUUCCACUGUGCAAUUCAAUUAGUACCUCCACAUGUUUGGAAAGUAAUGUGAUUAAAAACACUAGCACCACCAUAAACCUGGAAGAACAAAGCACACCAGUUGUUGCUGCUGAGCAAAGACGAGCAAAUGGAGAAAAGGAAUCUAUCCUUCAUGUGAAAUGCUCAGAUUCUAAACGUUUGAGAAAAUUGACCAGCAAGUUGAAUUUACUUUCUUCUUCAUCCAGCCGACUGGUAGCACUUGAGGGCGAUGCAGGUAGCCUACAGGAUACUUUUGGAGUUCGUCUGAUGGAACUGAGUAGCUUUAAACCAUUGAAUAAAGCAACACCAAGGAAUUCCAAAGUGAGGGUGGUGGAUCAUGUUGAAAAAUUUGAUAAGCUUCAGGUAAAGCCACUGGUACCUAAAGUGAUUCGGCCUCCCCUUAAAUUUCAGCGCACCCCUGUUUACCAGUAUGUUAAGCGGAUCAACUCUCGUAUGAGAGAGGCAAAAUGAUCAGCGUUCAGCCAUCAAACUGUGAAAGUAGUUUUCAUUUCACCAAACUGCAUUCGUGAAUAUGACCUAUAAGGUAGAUCAUAAAGUAGAACAUGGUGUUGACUUAAAAACUAAAGAUCAGAACCAGACUUGUAUAUAAAUAUUGUUUUGUAUGUGUGCGUGUUUAAAGUACAAAGCCCACUAAGAGGGUGGAAAAAAUACAAUUUUACAAUUUUAAUGAUGCCUCUUGUUUGACAGCUGUGUAUUUGGAUUUUCUUUUUAUUAAGGAGGCCAUCAUAAGCAAUCUUAAAUAUGGUUAGGCCAUAGUUAGCUUGAGGUUUGCUGAAAUAGAUGAGGAACACAACUGUUUUUUUUAUAUAUGUCAGAGUUUUGGGUUUUUUUUGUUUGUUUUUUGCUCAGCAUUUCAUGUUAAAUGUGAUAUAAUA